CUUUGAUUGGCUGGAUUUUUGUGGAUAAUAAUGCAUAUAUGUGUUUUCUUUUUUUUAACCAUGUCGUAUUAACUUAAUUGGAGUCAUGCAUAACUAUUUUGGAGCUUGUUUCUCAGUAGUGUUCUUAAUUUUGACGUUUUGGACUGAGGUGUGCCAUUCGUCGGGUUAUUUGGAGCUCCAGUUGGUCAGUGUGGAGAAUAACAGGGGUGAGCUCGCGAAUGGAAACUGCUGUGACGGCGCACGGAGCGCACGAGACGGUCUGUGCGACCGGGACGAAUGUGACACGUACUUAAGAGUGUGUCUAAAGGAAUACCAGUUGGAGGUCACCACAUCUGGCUUUUGUACGUACGGCACUGGAAGCUCGAGCGUGAUCGGAGGGAAUACGUUUCAGUUGAAAGGAUUCAAUGGAAACCCAAACAGGGCCAAUGACCUCGGGACCGUUAUCAUCCCCUUUCAGUUCGCCUGGCCGCGAGCGUACACUCUGAUCGUGGAGGCUUGGGACUGGGACAAUCAAACGAUCUCAGACAGCAGUGAUGAUCUGUUGAUUGAGAGGAGUGUUAAUCGUGGAGAAAUGAACCCUGGAGAGGAGCGACAGCUCAUUCAGCACAAGGGCCGAACAGCCAGCAUCCAAUACAGUGUGCGUGUGCGCUGCGACCGCCAUUACUACGGCAACAAGUGCAAUAAACAGUGUCGCCCCCGAGACGAUUACUUUGGCCAUUACACGUGCGAUCAGUCUGGCAAUCAGCAGUGCAUGGAGGACUGGACCGGACAAGAUUGCAAGAAAGCUAUCUGUAAGCAAGGCUGCAGUGAACUUCACGGAAGCUGUGACACUCCGGGAGAAUGUGUGUGUAAGUACGGCUGGCAGGGCCCACUGUGCGAUGAGUGUUUGCUGUACCCGGGCUGUGUGCAUGGCACCUGUGUGAAACCCUGGACCUGCACCUGUGAGAAGAACUGGGGAGGACUUCUGUGUGACAAAGAUCUAAAUUACUGUGGCACACACAAGCCCUGUGUAAAUGGAGGCACGUGUCUGAAUACAGAGCCAGAUGAAUAUUUCUGCUCCUGCCCAGAGGGUUACUCUGGCAAAAACUGUCAAAUCGCCGAGCAUGCGUGCAUGUCAAACCCAUGUGCAAAUGGUGGGACAUGUCAUGAGCUGGCAUCAGGGUUUGAGUGCCAGUGUCCCCCAGGGUGGGAUGGCCCAACUUGUGCUAAAGACAAAGAUGAGUGCAUGUCAAACCCGUGCGCUCAUGGGGGGACCUGCUUUGAUCUGGAAGAUGGCUUUGAAUGUUUAUGCCUCAGACAGUGGACUGGCAAGACCUGCCAGAUAGAUGUGAAUGAGUGUACAAGGAGACCUUGUCAAAACGCUUAUGCUUGUAAAAAUCUAAUUGGUGGAUAUCAUUGCAACUGCUACCCGGGCUGGGCGGGACCGAACUGUAAUAUCAAUUUCAACAGCUGUUACGGUCAGUGUCAGAAUGGAGGAACCUGUCAGGAUGGUCGUCUUGGUUACGUGUGCCAGUGCCAGCCGGGCUUCAUGGGAAGACACUGCGACGUGCAGCAAAGCAGGUGUGCCAGCUCCGCUUGCCAAAAUGGUGGACGCUGCCGUUCACUGGCCACUGGUUAUGAGUGUGAGUGUCUGUAUGGAUACACCGGAACCAACUGUGAGCUGCAGGUGGAUCUAUGCAGUCCAAACCCGUGUCAGAAUAAAGGCCAGUGUCACUCUAUGCAGGGAGAUUUUUACUGCGCCUGCGCAGAUGAAUAUGAGGGGAAGACGUGUAGUCAGCUGCGAGACCAUUGCAAAAUCAGCACCUGCCAAGUGAUUGACAGUUGUACUAUUGCCGUGACAACUAAUGGCACAGCAAAAGCAGUUUGGCACAUCUUAUCAAAUGUGUGUGGUCCUGGCGGGCGCUGCAUCAGUCAGUCAGGAGGAAACUUCACCUGUGCCUGCCAACCAGGAUUCACUGGGACAUACUGUCAUGAGAAUAUAAACGACUGUGCAUCAUCUCCUUGUCAGAAUGGAGGAACAUGCAUUGAUGACAUUGACUCCUUUCGCUGUGUCUGUCCUGAUGGCUUUGAUGGACAACUCUGUGAGCUGGAGGUGAAUGAGUGUAGCGGUGAGCCUUGUCUAAAUGGAGGUAUGUGCAUCGAUCUGCUGAAUGAUUUCUACUGUCGCUGCACUGACAACUGGAAAGGAAAGACGUGUAACUCGCGAGACAGUCAGUGUGAUUCCAGUACAUGCUCUAAUGGAGGAACAUGCUAUGAUCAUGGAGACUCAUUCCGAUGUGCGUGUCCCUCUGGUUGGGGUGGCAGUACCUGUAACACAGCCAUGAACAGCUCCUGUGAAUCUGGUCCGUGUCUAAAUGGCGGGACUUGUAUUGGAGGGGGCAGCAUCUUCACCUGCAUCUGUAAGGAUGGAUGGGAGGGGCCUACCUGUGCUCAAGAUGUUGAUGACUGCAAUCCUCAUCCAUGCUAUAAUGGGGGACAGUGUGUGGAUGGGGUCAACUGGUUUCGCUGUGAGUGUGCACCUGGAUUUGCAGGACCUGACUGUCGCAUCAACAUAGAUGAGUGUCAGUCCUCUCCCUGUUCGUAUGGAGCCACAUGUGCGGAUGAGAUUAAUGGAUACCGCUGUCUUUGCCCCAUGGGACGAGCUGGACCACGCUGCCAGGAGUUUAUUGGUGUUGGAAAGGCAUGCGAUCGCUCUGGGUUGCAGGUUCAUCAUGGUGAUCGUUGGGAGGAUGGGUGCAACAGCUGUCAGUGCAUGAACGGAAACAUCAGAUGCACUAAAGUGCAUUGUGGUCGUCAGCCCUGCUUGCUGCAGUCAGACUCUGGUGAUCUACAGCGUCCUGUGUGUCCUCUUGGACUGGAGUGUGUAGAGAAUCAUUUCCUGUCUUGCCUUCAUCCACCAUGCAAUCAUCUGGGUGUAUGCUCCACUCGUGAACAUCUACAGCCCUUCAGCACUCCGUGCCUACCCAACAAUGGCUACUUAGAUGACAACUGUGCUCGUGUCACGCUUGUAUUUGACUCUGACAGUGUCCCGCAGGGCACUACUGCUGAAGGUGUCUGCACACAGCUAACGUAUCUGCCAAUCACACGAAGCCUGGCCAAAGACCACUCCCUCUACAUUCUUUGUGACCAAUCACCUUCCAGCCAAAAUGCAGUGGCGGUUGCUAUGUCAUAUGAGCAAAACACUGUUGUUGAGGGACGAGCUCAGAUACAAGAUGUUGUCCACUCCAUCAUUGAUGUUCUGUCCAAACCUCACAACAGCACGUUACUGUUGGCUGUGAGAGAGGUCAGAGUUGACACUCAGGACCCGCAUCCUCAAGUCGGUUACCUCGUCCCUUUGCUUUGUGUGCUGUUUGUGGUAUUAUGGAUCUCAUGUGUCAUCAUCUGCGUGUGGUGGUUCAGAAGACGCAGGAAAGCUAGACAAAGAGAGGACACGCAGAUGGAGGAGAGCAUCAACAACCAGCGCGGGACACUACUGAGCACUCACAUACCUCACAAAGACAACACAGACCCGCUGCAGGAGAACAAGAACCUGUUUUACCCUCUGGAUCGGGUUGGAGACGGAGCUGAGCGAGAGGAAGAGGAGGAAGAGGGAGAUGAAGAGAGCGACAGAGGGCUGGUUCUGCAUAAGUGCUCAUCUCUUGCGGACACUAUAGGGGAUGCAGUGUACACUAUUCACACUACAGCCCAAAAUCAGCCAAACAGGACACACUACAGCAGCAAAGAAAACCGCUGCAAGAACAAUGUGAACGAGAGUUUAAGCGAGCACAUAAAAGAUCAUUACGUAUGAAAGAACCAGGCAAACAAGAAAAAAUAUAAGUAUUUUUUUGCUGUCUGAUCUGAAAGCUUCUGGGCUUUUCAUUCUUUUUUCAUCAUUGUGUAGUCAAAUGAAACAGGGAUUUGUGUCACAAAAAUGCAGCAAAUGCGACAUUCAAAGAAUGGUUUUCAAAAUCCUUUUUUUUUUUUUUUUACACUUGCACUCACUUUCCUUGAAAAGAAGGACAUUUUUACACAAAGCUGAACUUUAAGAUUAUGUUUGUGAACUGUGGCGAGACCUUUGACCCUUGAGGCUGAGGAGUAAUCAGCGAUAGGCAGCUUUAAAGUGUUUUUGAUUAUGUCCAGAUCUGCCCAAAGUCAAGUGUUAGAAGCCGUUAAAUCUUCCAGAGGUAUAUAUACACAAGUGCCUCACUGUACCGUCACAAUAGCGCUUACCUUUUUUAUUUCUCAUGAUGCACAUAUGUUGGUUCUUGUCUUUGUUAACACAUGCUAUAGACACACUUAAAUGUAUAGUUUACCCAAAGGAAGAUUCUGUUAUCAUUUACUCACCCUCAUGUCAUUCCAAACCUGUAUGACUUUUUUCUUCUGUGUAACAUAAAAGUGUAGGAAGUCACACAAAAUCUGGAGCUUUCACGCUUCAAAAGGGAUGCAAAAGCACCAUAAAAGUAACAUAAGAGUAUCAUAAAAUUGCUAUGUUAUAUUCCAAGUCAUCUGGAGCCAUAUGUGUGAAGAACAGACCAAAGCAUACAUUAUUAUUCACUAAUAUCUUACCUUCUGUUGGGCUGUUAACCAUUGUCAUUGGGUUUGAAAACCAGACCAUUCAGAGUUGAACUGGAUCAACUGAUUAAUUGAAAAUCUCCAACUCAAAAGAAUAAUUUGUUCAUGAAUCAGACAAUCUCUAGCACUCUCAUCAAAGAGAUCAAGGGCAGAUAUCAAGAUAUUAUGUGAAUAACGAAGGAAAGUUUGUCCUUCACACAAAUCUGUUGUAUGACAUCAGAAGACUUUUUAAAGAAACAUUAAUUUUUAAGACCUAUUUAUGGUGCUUUUUUGUAAUUACAGAGCUCGACAGCCUCAGUCCUCAUUCCUUUUUGUUACACAGAAAAGAGAAUAAACGGCAUUUGGGUGAGUAAAUGAAGACAUAAGUUUCAUUUUUGGGUGAACUAAGAUACUGUUAAGUAUAAAAGGCUUACUUUUUAUAUUGAAAUUCACCUUCUUUGGGAAUUGGUACUCAGUCCAGACAGUAAGAGUAUUCUGACUGAUAAUCUCUCACUCAGCUCUUGAUGGUUAGAAAUGAUUGCUUUUGUCUUUUUUCAUGUGACAGCCAUAUAAACAGAACAGUCAUGAUGUAAAGAAUCAAGGGCCACUUCAGUCAAUACACUAUUGUGUUGUCCCAAAACACUUAGGUUUUUGGUCACACAGUAGGGGACGAUGAUUUUAGUUCUUUAAUCACUGAGAGAUAAUUAAUUAAAUUGAAAAAUAUUCAUAUGUACAUAUGUAAAUAGUGAAAAAAGACAUAGCUGUGUAUUUUUGAGUUUAGUAAAUUAUGUGACACCUUUUUAUUGUCUUCCUUAGAAUUAUUACUUUUUCUUAUUCUCUCCUUUAGUCACUCUCCUUUUCAACAGUGUCAUUCCUUUUAUUUAUGUUGGUCAGAAAAUGUUUUAUAUAUACAGUAAAUAUGUAAAAUGGCCACAGGUUGGUAGUCUAUCUGUGGUGACUUUAUAAGAAAUACUUUAAAUGAAAUAUGAUCUAUUUUCAUGUUAGAAUAUAUUAUCUGUGUUGUUUUUAUGACUUUCCUAAUGAAUGUCGACUAAGGAUUGGACAUAUUGACCAUGCUGAUAGAAUGUUUUGCCACUGAUCAAAUGCUGACUUCUUCUGAAGGUCUACAGUACUUCAUAGGAGAAAGACUCAAAGACUUCAAAGAAAUAUGCUGCAUGUUCGAGUGGCACUUUUUUCUCCUUCGAACAGUCCAACACUUGCAUUUUCAAGCCAAUGUCAGUCCUGAUAUAAUUGUGUUUAUAUUAGUGUCCCAGACUGUCUGGUUUUAAGUUGGAUGUUGGAAGACUGGAAGAUUUUUUUUUUCUUAAUGCUUUCAGAACAUCAUUGCUUGUUAUUAUGCUACAACUCAAAAUGAACCACAAAUGGACCAGAGUAUUGACCCACGUCAUCGACAGAAAACACUUGAGUUCAAAGGGUAUCUUCUGUCUGAGUAUUGUGUUGAAUAUCAGAUUUUAUAUUUAUAAAAUGGUACUAUAUUGCUAUAAUACCAUUUUUCAAAAGAACACUAUGAGUAAAGAUUUAUGUUAUCUGAAAUCCUCUCUUGUUUGGGGUGGCUGGGGUAUUUUUCCCUCCUUUAUUCAUGAGCUGUUCUGUCAUAUUUGAUUGGAGUCUAAUCAAAUGCAAUUAAGGUUUUUUGGAAGGUGAGAAAAAUUGUAUCAGUGCAUGUUGCUGUGGCUGAAUGAAGGGAACAAUUUAUGUCUUUAGUGCACAGAAAAAUAUAUUAAAGCUGACUAUAGAAAUGACUGGAUAAUGCAAAAUGUGAUUGUAAUUCAGAUUUACAUUCUGAAUCAUGUCACUCCUCAAAGAAAGUUUCAUUAUUAUAAUAUAAA